AGAUGGAGCAGAAUGGAGAGAACCAUCUCAAAGAUCCACUCCUCCCCGUGGAUGGGGGCUCCGGUGCUUCUCCUGCCGGGGCGUCACCGCGGAAGGAGAGGAAGACGAGGAAGGUCAUGUUCAAUGUCCGAGGGAUCUCGUGUGCUUCAUGUGCCGUGUCGAUAGAGACGGUGGUGGCAGGCCUCAAGGGAGUCGAGAGCAUCUCGGUUUCGGUGCUUCAGGGCCAAGCCGUUGUCCAGUACAGACCAGAGGAAACCGAUGCAAUAACCAUAAAAGAAGCUAUUGAAGGUCUCAAUUUCGAGGUUGAUGAACUUCAAGAACAGGAAAUUGCUGUGUGCAGACUUCGGAUAAAAGGAAUGGCAUGUACAAGCUGCUCGGAAUCUGUUGAGAGAGCACUUCAGAUGGUACCUGGAGUGAAGAAGGCUGCAGUGGGCCUUGCGCUAGAGGAAGCUAAAGUCCACUUUGAUCCAAAUAUCACAAGCCGUGAUCUCAUAAUUGAGGCUAUUGAAGAUGCUGGAUUUGGAGCUGAUCUCAUUAGUUCUGGGGAUGAUGUGAACAAAGUCCACCUAAAACUUGAGGGUGUGAGUUCCCCUGAAGACAUCAAACUCAUUCAGUCCGUACUGGAAUCUGUAGAAGGGGUGAAUAAUGUUGAGUGCGACACAGUUGGACAGACGAUAAUAGUUGCAUAUGAUCCUGAUGUCACUGGCCCACGAUUACUUAUUCAGUGCAUUCAGGAUGCUGCGCAGCCCCCUAAAUACUUCAGCGCCAGCUUGUACUCACCACCAAAGCAAAGAGAGGCAGAACGCCAUCAUGAAAUCAGGAACUACAGGAAUCAAUUUCUUUGGAGUUGCCUGUUUUCUAUACCUGUAUUCCUGUUCUCCAUGGUUCUUCCAAUGCUUUCUCCUUCUGGGGAUUGGUUGUUUUAUAAAGUCUGCAACAACAUGACGAUAGGCAUGCUAUUGCGGUGGUUGCUGUGUUCUCCGGUCCAGUUCAUAAUUGGUUGGAGAUUUUAUGUUGGAGCUUAUCAUGCACUAAAACGAGGAUACUCGAACAUGGACGUGCUUGUUGCUUUGGGGACAAAUGCUGCAUACUUCUAUUCUGUGUAUAUAGUUCUGAAGGCACUAACAUCAGACUCGUUUGAAGGACAGGAAUUUUUUGAAACUAGUGCUAUGUUGAUAUCUUUUAUUUUGCUUGGGAAAUAUCUGGAGGUGGUGGCAAAAGGAAGGACAUCAGAUGCUUUGUCAAAGUUGACAGAACUUGCACCAGAAACAGCAUGUCUCCUUACUUUGGACAAAGAUGGAAAUGUCAUUUCAGAAACAGAGAUCAGCACCCAGUUACUUCAGAGAAAUGAUGUCAUUAAGAUUGUCCCUGGAGAAAAAGUUCCUGUUGAUGGUGUUGUCAUCAAAGGCCAAAGCCAUGUGAAUGAAAGUAUGAUAACUGGUGAAGCAAGACCCAUUUCGAAGAAACCAGGAGACAAGGUUAUUGGUGGUACUGUAAAUGACAAUGGUUGCAUAAUUGUCAAGGUCACUCAUGUUGGGUCAGAAACGGCUCUGUCACAGAUAGUUCAGUUAGUUGAAGCUGCCCAACUAGCAAGGGCUCCAGUGCAGAAGUUGGCAGACAAAAUUUCACGGUUUUUCGUUCCAACUGUUGUGGUGGCUGCAUUUCUUACAUGGCUUGGCUGGUUCAUAGCUGGGCUAUUCCACAUAUACCCUCGAAAGUGGAUUCCAAAGGCAAUGGAUUGCUUUGAGCUUGCUUUGCAGUUUGGAAUAUCUGUUCUUGUUGUUGCGUGCCCGUGUGCUCUUGGACUGGCUACACCGACUGCUGUUAUGGUUGCGACUGGAAAAGGUGCUUCUCAAGGUGUUCUUAUUAAAGGUGGCAAUGCACUUGAGAAAGCUCACAAGGUUAAAGCUAUCAUAUUUGAUAAAACCGGAACACUGACGAUUGGUAAGCCUUCCGUUGUUCAAACAAAGGUGUUCUCCAAGACGCCACUUCUAGAACUGUGUGAUUUGGCUGCUGGUGCUGAGGCAAACAGUGAGCAUCCUCUAUCAAAGGCUAUUGUUGAGUACACAAAGAAGCUCAGGGAGCAAUAUGGAUCUCACAGUGACCAUAUGAUGGAGUCUAAGGACUUUGAAGUCCAUCCAGGGGCAGGGGUGAGUGCCAACGUUGAAGGCAAGCUGGUGCUGGUUGGAAACAAAAGGCUCAUGCAAGAGUUUGAAGUUCCAGUAACCUCUGACGUGGAGGGAUACAUGUCCGAAACCGAAGAGCUUGCCAGGACCUGUGUGCUUGUAGCCAUCGAUAGAACCAUAUGCGGUGCUCUUUCUGUGUCAGAUCCUCUGAAACCUGAGGCAGGCCGUGCCAUUUCAUACCUUACCUCAAUGGGGAUCUCAAGUAUCAUGGUGACGGGUGACAAUUGGGCUACAGCUAAAUCCAUAGCAAAAGAAGUUGGGAUCAGCACAGUAUUCGCUGAGAUCGAUCCAGUUGGUAAAGCUGAAAAGAUCAAAGACUUGCAGAUGAAAGGGAUGACGGUGGCCAUGGUCGGCGACGGGAUAAACGACUCGCCGGCUCUAGCCGCUGCAGACGUAGGCUUGGCCAUUGGAGCCGGCACCGACGUCGCCAUCGAAGCCGCGGACAUUGUCCUGAUGAGGAGCAGCCUCGAGGACGUGAUCACUGCCAUUGAUCUCUCCAGGAAGACCCUCUCGAGGAUCAGGCUCAACUACGUCUGGGCUCUGGGCUACAACGUGCUGGGCAUGCCGGUCGCCGCCGGCGUCCUCUUCCCGUUCACCGGCAUCCGGCUGCCGCCCUGGCUCGCCGGGGCCUGCAUGGCUGCCUCCUCGGUGAGCGUCGUCUGCUCGUCACUGCUGCUCCAGCUCUACAGGAAGCCAUUGCAGGUCGAGGAGGUAGCUGGACCCAAGAAUGACCCGGACUUGGUGUGAGGAGCUCAAGACUGACGAAGUGUUUGGUCUUGCUGUGUUGACUGAAGUCUGAACUGAACUGAACCAUGACGCAAACGCCUUGUUUGCAUGGCCCCUCCUGACUGAUUUCUGUACAGUAGUCAUGCUUUGGGACUUUUUUUUUUUCUUUCCA